UUAAGAGCUGUUUCUCUACACGGUUUCGAUCAUUGUUUAUUAAUUUAAACCUUUACUUUCACUCUAGUCGGCUAUAUCUCUCAAAAUUCAUUCUGGCCGGCCCCGUGUCUUCUAAAGGAGAGGAGGACUUCCUCUCUAUUGCGGUAUCUCGACUAAGCCGCAAAAAGCGUGUGAUUGGCGCUGCAGUCUGUGUGGCCAUGGUGCUGGUGCUACUGGUCGCCAUUCCACUUUUGGUCCACAGCACCAAGCUGGGUGGAGCUUCAGGUGGGGGAACUCAUUAUGAGAUGUUGGGCAGUUGUAAAAUGAUGUGCGACACUCUUCCACCAAGCAACGAACUUACACCUGUUUCUCCACCUCCACAUGAUGUCCCUGCACGCAGAGGAGGAGGAAAGUCAAGCUUUCGUGGCAUCCCAGGCUUACCUGGACCUCCUGGUCCACGCGGACCCCCUGGUGAACCAGGCAAACCAGGUCCUCCAGGUCCCCCAGGUCCAGGCCCAGGAGGAUAUGUCCCAUCAUUCUACAGCCCCAAAAUUGCAUUUUAUGCUGGCCUGCGCAAGCAGCAUGAGGGAACGGAUAUCCUCAAGUUUGACGAUGUGGUGACCAAUGUGGGGAAUUAUUAUGAGCCCACCACAGGCAAGUUCACCUGUCCUUUGCCUGGGAUCUACUUCUUCACCUACCAUGUCCUCAUGAAAGGGGGAGACGGAACCAGUAUGUGGGCAGACCUCAAGAAGAAUGGACAGGUAAGGGCGAGCGCCAUCGCACAGGAUGCUGACCAGAAUUAUGACUACGCAUCCAAUAGUGUGAUCCUCCAUCUAGACGUUGGGGACGAGGUGUUUGUGCAGCUGGAUGGAGGAAAGGUUCACGGAGGAAACACCAACAAAUACAGCACCUUCAGUGGCUUUCUCAUUUACCCUGACUAACACCCAAUCACAGAUGAAU